CAGCUUGGUUACCGGCCACUCCACAGACAAAGUUCAGGGUGUUUCUAAAUAGUUUAAAGCAAAUUUUUGGUUUGUUUAGGGCAAAUUAAUCACUCCAGAAAGUUUGAAGAAAGUCAGCGAAAGACUAACACAGACAGACUUUUGUUUUGGUGAUUGGAAGCAUAAACAGCCAUCCUGCUGUCUUUGAACCAUUCUAUGCUACGUUUUUUGUUUUGACCAGCACAGGAAGAGGGUGAGCUACAAUGUGCACUGGGAAGUGUUCAAAGUGCAUUGGGGUCGUGUUGUUCCCAUUAGCUGUAUGUGCCAUAAUCUCCAAUCUUCUCCUGUAUUUCCCCAAUGGAAAUGUUACAGACCCCGACAAGAUAACUGAUUUGGUUUGGUUUUUCCAUGGCAUUCUUGGAGCUGGGAUACUGGUUAUUUUGCCAGCAUUUAUGAUGCUGGGCGCAGGUGGAGCUGGAUGUUGCGCUAACAGAUGUGGGAUGCUGCUCUCUGUGCUGCUGGCUGUACUCGGAGCUGCAGGAGGGGUAUAUUGUGUGGUCAUCUCAUCCUUGGGAUUGAUUAGUGGGCCUCUUUGUGACACUGGUGAUGGAGAAUACAUCUACCCUUUCAGGAAUGACACAUUCACAGACAAUUAUUUGUUUAAUCAGACAACAUGGAGCAUUUGCAAAAAACCUGAAAACGUUAUUAUGUGGAAUAUUGUCUUGUUCUCUCUUCUCUUGGGGAUUGGUACAAUUGAAGCUGUUCUUUGCUUUAUUCAAGUCAUCAAUGGACUUAUUGGAUUCAUAUGUGGCACAUGCAUGAGGAAAAGAAAGACACAUAUUGCUGGAAUGUAAAUCACCUACAAAGAAUGCUAGUGGCAAGCAUAGACCUGCGGGGAUUCAUGUAUAUUCAUAAUGUGUUGUGCUGUAUUUGUGGGGACAGAUGUUCAGGAGUUUCAGAACAACUCCAGAAUAUUUUAUAAAGAUAUCUG